AUGUUAUUAUUCGCUUUAGUUGUGGCUUUUGUUUCACUUACGCGGGCUGAAUUGGUCGAGGAUCUUCCAUGGCGUCGCCAAAAUACGAAAUGCAAUGAAACCUCAUGCCUCAUUGCGAAAUUCGACUCCAGCAUUACGCCGCAUCUCUUUGUAAGCGAAUGUCGUGCGGAUAAAGUUAAAAUCAUUACCUUUGUUGACAAUGCAAAUGUGGCGGAAUUGCCGGCAGAGUUAUUUAAUCAAGUAAAGUAUUUAGCAGUUGUCACGUUGAACGAGUCUCGUGCGGAACGCGUUGCCGCAAAUACGCUACGAAAUGCCAAAUAUUUGGAGGAACUUUAUUUGUCGAGUAAUUUGAUCAACAUACUCGAAGCAGAUGCCUUCGUUGGGGCAUCGCAAUUAAAGUUGUUGGAUUUGAGUAAAAAUCAGCUUGAAACGUUGGAAGGAAAUAUUUUUGCGCCGCUUAAAAACCUUCAGGAACUGAAUCUGGCUGAUAAUCUGCUGAAAUCCGUGGAUAAAAGUGCUUUUAAUGGGCUGGAACGCGUUACAUCCAUAAAAUUGGCGGGAAAUGCAUUAAAAGUGUUAGAUACUAACACUUUUUAUCCCUGCAAAAGUUUGGCUUAUCUCUAUUUGCAAAUGAAUCAACUUACCAAACUGCGACUCCGGAUGCACUUUAACACGAUGUACUGGCUAAAUGCUGAUGACAAUUUAAUUGAAGAUUUGUUCCUUGAUGCUGAUGAGGUUCGAAAUCGCGCUGCCCAUGUCUACAUCACUGCCAAUCGUAAUCAAAUCCAAAAGUUCAAGAUUACCGAGAAAUACAACGUGCGUAAUUUGUAUCUCGAGGACAACAAGUUCAUCGACUUGCAAGAGAUAACGCCGAUGGUAGCUUUACAUGAUUUACGUUUAGGCAACAACAACUUGUCUCACAUCACUCCAACGAUCUUCAAAAAUCUCCGAAACUUGGAGAUUCUGUUCUUGCAAAAUACGAUGUUGCCCGCUAUUCAAGAAAACUUUUUCCAGAACCAAAAAAACCUCAAAACGCUUCACAUUGGCUUCAAUAAACUCGUGGUUGUCGAUCUUCGUUACUUGAAGCAACUCACGAAACUCGAGCAACUUCAUUUGGAUGCCAAUGAGUUGACAGACUUGAAUGUUUCGGAACUCAAAGAAGCCCUUCCGAGCUUGAAACGGAUAGAGUUGAGGGACAAUCCGUGGAAUUGUUUGAAGCUUAAGACCAUUAUGGGAUACUUGAGGAUGUAUAAUGUGAAGUUGGUGAGUGAAGAGACGAGUGAUGAGCCAAAUGUUGAGAAGAUUCGGUGUGUGGAUGAAGGAAGGGAAGUUGAUGCUUUGAAGCGGAAGAUUAAGAUGUUGGAAGAUAAGUUGGAGAAAGUUAUUGAGAUGUAUAAUAUGAACUUUUGUGAGUUGAAGGAUAGUUCGUGUUGUAGUCAAGCGCCGAAUUUGUCGCUGUUUGGAGAUGUUGGGAAUGAGACAGCGAUUGAUAUGAGAUUUGAAAGGAAUUUUACGUGUUCGAAGAAAUAA